UAAAUCGUCAUUUAAAAACUGAUCAAAGGAAAGGAAUCAAGUUUAUUUUAUUUUAUGAACAUUUUGUCUCUGUAGCUGGUAAAAUGUCAGAUUAUAAUAAGGAAAAGGACAAUAAUCAUUUAGAUAAUGGAAAAUUUGAAUAUUUACACUCUAAUGAAUCAUUGUUGUCAUUGGAUAACACAUUAUUGUGUAACAUAGAAACUGAUAGCGAUUUGCAUACUUCUGCAACAUCUUCUCAGGAAUGCAAUAACUCCAUGGUAAAAGUUUUUAAACAGGAUAUUAAAACCAAUGGAAGAGCUGUAUCUAAAACACCGCGAGAUGUAUCUCCCGACAUAAAUGACUUAAACGACUGGCAAGAUAAGUUUUUGAUGAAUCAAGUAUAUGCUCAGUUUGAUUUACAAAAUGAGAAAGAUAAUAUCUCAAAUAAUAGUAAUAAUAUCACAGACUUGGGUACAUUUGAUACGUUUUAUAAAGAAGACACAAACUUUCAACCAACUGAUAUAUAUCUACCUGAAAGUAGUACUGUAGAUACAAUUUUAAAUAAACCAAAUAUAACUUAUUUGCAUAAGGAUGAAUUAAAUAACUUAUCCUGUUUAAAUAUCACAAAUUUUGGUGAUGAUAUUAUGGAAGAAAACAAUUUUGUACGUUCUACCAAACCAAAUGAUAAAAAUGUAUCACCAGUUAUCCAAUCAAAAUUUAGGCCAUUGAAUAAAUGUAAUCUUCCAAAAAAAAAGUUAUGUUUGGAUGAUAUUUCAUUAAAACCAGAACAGAUAAAGAAUAAAAGUACAAAUCCUACAGAAUGUCAGAAUCUCACAUUUUAUGGUUUAUCAGAUGUUGCGAAAAAAAUGAUUCAAGAAGUUAAAGGAAUAUGUGAACUAUAUGAAUGGCAGGAUGAAUGUUUAAAGUUAGCAAUUAAGACGAGAAAAAAUCUAAUUUAUGCCUUGCCAACAAGUGGGGGCAAAACUUUGGUUGCGGAGAUAUUAAUGUUAAGAGAAAUUAUAUGCAAUAAGAAAAAUGCAAUUUUUAUACUCCCAUAUGUGGCUUUAGUACAAGAAAAGGUUCAGUCAAUGGCUAUAUUAGCAUUAAAAUUAGGUUUUCUAGUCGAAGAAUAUGCUAGUACAAAGGGAUGUUAUCCACCAACUAAACGACGGAGAAAAAACAGUAUUUACAUAUGUACCAUAGAGAAAGCUUUGGGACUUGUAAAUAGUUUGAUAGAAAUGAAACGCUUAGCUGAGAUCGGUAUUAUAGUUGUGGAUGAGUUACAUUUGCUUGGAGAAUCUGGAGGAAGAGGUGCCACUUUAGAAGGACUGCUAACAAAAAUAAUGUUCUUUGAUGAUAUGAUACGUUUAAUCGGAAUGAGUGCAACAAUAGGCAAUCUAAAGGAGAUAGCACAGUUUUUAAAUGCGGAUACAUAUUCUCAAAAUUUUCGACCAGUUAAAAUAACAGAAUAUGUGAAAUGUGAGAAUUGUAUGUGGAAAGUCAAUUUCAAUAAUGAAGAACUGUUGGUAGAAAUAAGCAAUAAUGAUUAUAAGUAUCCAGAUGACAUAGCAGUAUUAGAUCCAGAUAGAAUAGGAAAUUUGGUAAUGGAAGUAGCACCGAACGAUUCAUGUCUUAUAUUCUGCUCAAGUCGCAAAAAUUGCGAGAAUUUGGCCUUAUUAUUAACCAAAGUUUUGCCAAGAAGUUUAGGUAAUUACAAAGUGAUGGAAAAAAGAACCUUGUUAAACAUACUGAAAACUGAAGAAGGAUUGUGCGAAAUUUUGCGAAAGACUCUCCCAUUUGGUGUAGCUUAUCAUCAUUCUGGCCUUACAUCCGAAGAACGACGCUUAUUAGAGAACGCUUUCAAAGAAGGCGUUCUAUGUGUAAUAUGUUGCACAUCGACCUUAGCAGCUGGUGUAAAUUUACCGGCAAGAAGAGUAAUAUUACGAAGUCCUUAUGUCGGGAAUCAAUUUUUGAACUUGAGUAGAUACAAACAAAUGAUCGGGCGCGCUGGUCGUGCUGGUAUGGGAGUUUUAGGAGAAAGUAUACUCAUUUGUAAAAAGCCUGAGAUCAGUAAGGUGAAGGAUCUCUUAACUUCUCAAAUGGAUGAUUCUCUGAGUAGUUUACAUGUAGAGAACGAUCGAGGAAUCAACAAUCUGAUUCUAAGCGCGAUUCAAUUAAACAUGGCAACAACUAGAUAUGAAUUACACAAAUUGAUGGACAUAACUUUACUUGGGAUUCAACAAAAUAGACUAGACGUCAAUGUAAAAAGUAUCACGGACGAAACAAUAACGGCGUUAUUAAAAUGCGGAGUGAUCAAAAUAAAAAAUAAAGAUAAAAUCAGCAAUCCUAACGUGACCGUUGUUAUUCCAUCUCAAGAAUCAACGGAUAUAGAGAAAUUAAAAUCUUCUAAAAAAGAAGUAAAGACGGUUACGUUUACGAGUGAAACUAAAUUUCAGCUUUGUGACUUAGGACAAGCUGCAAUGAAAGGGCCGAUCGAUUUGAAAACUGCGUAUAAACUAUAUGAAGAUUUGAAGACUGCUCAAAAACACUUGAUACUAAUUGAUAAUCUUCAUCUUUUAUAUCUCGUCACGCCUUAUGAUGUUGUGUCUCAGAUUACUCCCGUAGGCAAUAUCUAUUAUGAUGUGAUAAUGACCCUUACUGAUAGUCAAAUGCAAGUCGCCAGACUGUUAGGUAUAACAGAAGCCACGGCAAAUAAAAUACGCGACGGUAUAACGCCCAAGUCUGUGGAGAAGAGAGUAGUUGAGAGGUUUUACGUGACGUUAAUAAUACAUGAAUUGUGGAAUCAUCAUUCAGUUUAUUUCGUUGCACAGAAAUAUCAAGUUAAUAGAGGUGUUGUACAAAAUCUUCUGAAUACAGUAUCAAUGUUUGCAUCUUCCACAGUAAGAUUUUGUCAGGUAAUGCGAUAUAAUUAUAUCGAUAAAAAAAACUCAACAAUUUUACGAACAAAAAAUAAAUAUCUCUUAUAUUUUUAUUGCCAGGAACUAUCUGAGUUUUGGGCAUUUACUGAAAUGUUAGGUACAUUCAGUAAAAAAUUAUCUUACUGUUGUCCAUCAGAAUUAGAAACACUAAUGGAACUUCCAUCGGUUAAAAUAGGCAGAGCUCGUCAACUGUACAAAGCUGGGUACAAAUCUCUACAAUCUAUAGCAAAAGCUGACUCAAAGGUUUUACAGGAACAGAUUCCAUAUUUGAGUAAUAAAAUAGUUGCACAAAUUAUAGCUGCAGCAAAACUUCUGAUUUUACAAAAAGCGGAGGAUUUAAAAGAUGAAUGUGAAAAUGUUCUGGAUGGUAUUAAUAUGAGUCAACUAGAUGUUGAACUAAAGUAAGAGGAUCUAAAGUAAAUCUUGCUAAACUUUGGCAAUUUUUCGAAUUAUUUUUUUUAAAUGUAUGUAUAAAUAAAAGUUUGUAUAGUGAAGAAAUACAUUCAGUAACCAUUAUGUAUAUAAUUAU